AUCAAUUUCCAUCAUUUAUGUCUAACAUAUAUGAGAAUAAUAGAAAAUUCGUUACAACUAAAUAAAGAUGGGAAACUUUAACCCAAAAUAUAACUAAGAAAAUUAUAAAUAAAGAAAACAGUUCAAUAAGCCAAAAACAUGCAAUUGUUAAAUCAAUUUAAAAGAAUAAAUCCACUUUAUCCUACAAUAAAAAAAUCGAACUACCUUAAAGAACUAUUACUAAAUAUUUCAAAACAUAGAGAUCACAAAUCUACUCCAACCUAAAACUGCAAGAUUCAAAAGGAUGCAUUAGGGAAUUCAGAUGUUAUGAUGAUAAAGCAUUAAACAUCCCUAAUUCUUUUAGUUAAACUAUAACACAUUCACUCGAUAAUGAUUGUCAAUCAGAUGAUGAGCAAGUUCAAUUAGCAGUUGAGCAACUAAAAAAUUUACUUGAAUCUUAAAUAAAUUAAUUACACAAGUCGUUUUGAAAUUUAAACUUUAUUAUGCAUUUUAUAAAUUAACUAUAGAAUAAUCA